AUGUCCGUGGCAGACUUGCAACGGCUGGUUCACCGGGCGACACCUCGGAUCGAGGAUGUUCGGGCACCCGACCGGACCGAUUUCAUCCGCCGAGAGCAUGGGCACUUGCCUCUCCGAGAGGUCGUGGACGCGCUGGACGCGCUGGAGUUUUCUGCGACGUCCUUUCUCCGGCAGUUCAAGGAGGUGAGUGUGGCACAGGAGCCUCAACAGCCGGAGUUCAACGACGAUGAGGCUUGCGUCCUGUCUGAGAAGGGGCGCUUGGAACGCUAUGCAGCGAAGCCUGCCGCUCCAGAAAAAUCAGAUGAUACAUGCGUUCACCAAUUGCAUCGCCUUCUGGAGGGAACUCGUGUGUUCUGCCCACGCCUACCCUCCGACAUCCCGAAGGGUGAGACCCAAGCGGAGGAGUGGGCUUCGAACCCGGCAUCCGACUGGAAGGAGGUUGCUGCUGACGAGAAGACCAAGGGCGGCAAUGCUUUCAAGGAGAAGGACUUCCGAAGGGCCAUAGACCACUACACGCGGGCGAUUCGGGCCUCGCCCAAAGAGGCGGAGCUACACACGUUGUAUUCAAACCGUUCUGCGGCUCGCAUGCAGGUUGCUGAAGCAGAGGCGGCGCUCGCCGAUGCAAGGCUUUGUGUCCAGCUGGCCCCAUCUUGGCCCAAGGGUCGCUUUCGUGAGGGGACGGCACUGAGACAGCUCGGACGCUUCGAUGAGGCCAUAAGUGCUUUCUUGCAUGGACAGCGCCUAGAACCAGACAACAAGGAUUGGGAGAAGGAGGUUGCGAAGACGCAAGAACUGCACGAGGCAACACCGGCUUUGCAAGUGCAGCAGCUGAUAAUGCACCUGUUGCCAGACAUCCUUGCAACCUGGCUCCGUGCUGCCGACGCCGGCGGUGUCCUGCAACUGCAGGUGAAUGGUCAUCUCCACGAUCUCGGAGUUUGCAAGUGGCGUCGCCUCCGCGAGGGAGCUCAGCCUGGCAAGGCGCAGAUCCGCUACGCAUUCUUGGAGAAGAAGGGGUACCUUGCCAACCUGGCCGCCAACCUGCAAAGCCCUACGGAAGCUUUUGCAGUGCUGGACUUGGAAGGUAACGCCAUCAAGAUACCUGAUGUCAGCACUUUCUUUUGGCAACCUGACUUUGCUUCGGUGCACAUAGAUAUCAAGGACGCCAAAGGCUCCAUGAAAGCGAUUCUGGCAACCGUGCCAGUCGAAGAUGGCCUGAAGCGCUUCAUCCAAAAGCCAAAGGAUCCCGAUCCGCCAAAAGCCUCCAUCGAGAGCGUCCUGACGCUCCAGAGCCGAAGCGGCUUUCCGAAAGCCUAUCCGAGGUACUUGGGCUUUCAAAUGUUUCCUGGUGAUUUGAAUUUUCCUGUCAUCGAUCUGCUGCGGGAUGCACCAUCCAAAGCGGGUUAG